CUUUCCAGCAGCAGGCCAACUAGUAGGACUCGAAUCGCGCCAGGGAGUACACCAAAAUGUGAGCCUGAUCGCCGUUCACGGACUAUCACAAUGCACACGCCUUGAGCUUCGACUGAUCGCAGUGGAAUCGCGGAUUUGUAUGAAAGACGCAAAUAUUGUGUUCAGUACAGUGUGUUGUUGGUUAUAUGCUCACAAGUGUUCAGAGAGAGAGACCCAUUUGAGGUUGAACGUGGUCAGAACAAAAUGGCAGCAGAAUCCUCUUUACAUUCAUUUUAUUAGUGAUCCAUUUAAUAAUACAACAUUGAUGAUCAAUUGUAGAAAAUCAUCAUAAGUUUGCUGCUCACACAGUUUCUUUGCUUGCUGUUAGACACACUUGACAAAUCAUCAUUAUUUUACACUAAUAUAAAGCUUUCACUAACAUUUUAUUUUACUAAUGAAAGAAAACUAAUUUUCCAAGUUUUUAUUGUGCAAUUUCUUUAACGUGCAAACACUAUAACAGUGUUAGAAAAAAAAUAGAACAUUUUGAAAUUUGUUUUAUAUUUUUUAUGCAAAACUGUGAAUAUCAUUUAAAUAAAAUUAAAUCCUUUUCACUAGUUUUCUUAUUGAAAUAUGGUUGAAUUUAAAAAUAUAUUAAAAUUUAUUUGAUUUUUUGUGCAAUAAAUUACAUUAAUGCUCAAAGGCUUAUGAUCUCAAAAUAAAUAAAAUCUCCUUUUAAUUUUAAAUUUCUAAUUAAUUGAUUAAUUUUUUUUUUAAUUAUUGACCCUACAAAAAUCUUAAAUUUCAUUAUCCUUACUUGGAGCUAAAAUUUCCAAGAUUCUAGAAAGAAAUCUUGCGGUUGCCACAUGCCAAGAUCAUCCGUAUGAGAAAAACAAAAUGCCGUAUUUGAACAAUUAAUUUCUCAAGAAAGUAACUAUUUCAUCAAAUCAGACUUUAAACAUGAUAAGAAACGGAAAUUUGUGUGUUUAAAUAAACACCACAUAUUCAACACGAAGGAAGGAAUAUUAUAUUUACAAUUUGUGGUCUUAUCUUAUUUAUAUUCCUCGUGCGACAUUACAUAAGGACACUUUAUUAAAUCACCAUUUUAGUAUGGUUUGAUAGUUACGUUUUUAUACAUAGGCAAAAGGCAAACAUCCCAAGUAAAUAGAAAAUUUAUAUUGUAGGUAAGAAACACACAAAUGCGCUAGAAAUAUAAUCUUAUCAAACUAUCUAAAUAAAAUUCAAACAAUCUUCUCUACAAAUCAUAUGAUGUUAGAAGGAUAAAUGAGAUGAAGAUGUUACAUAAGAUAUAGCAUACGAGUAGAUUUAAAUUGGUCCAAAAUCAUUCUGCGAGUUCUAUAACAUAUUAUACAAAUCAAUGAGACAUUCGGCGAACGUGCUUCGAAAAUAAUUAAAAGAAAUUGCUCAAAGCUAAAAUCAUUCAAUGGAGAUCUUCUUUAUGUUGGUUACCUGAGAAGAAGUUUUUCUUGGGUGUUUUAUUGCACUGUGACGACCAUGACUAAGGGCUGGUGUCCUCUCUCCAUCGCAAUGUCGUCGAUUGUUGUUAGGAAAACUGAAAGGAAUGAUCUUCCGAGUAUAAUUGAAAUGAUUCAAGAAUUGGCAGACUAUGAAGAAAUGCCCAAUGGACCCCAGCUGAAGUUGGACGAUUUAAUUCGCGACGGGGGUUUCGAUUCACCGCAGAAUUCCGUUUUCCACAGUUUCAUAGCCGAAGAGGUUACCACGUCAUCCAAAGAUCAUCCUAUGACCCGGAAACCAAUUGGAUAUGCAAUUUGCUUCUUCAGCUUCUCAACAUGGGAGGGAAAGUCCCUUUUCCUUGAAGACAUCUACAUCCGACCACAGUACAGGCAGCAGAAAGCUGGUUGGAAAUUGUUUAGAGAAGUGGUUAAAUUUGCACGAUCGACAAAUUGUGCCCGAUUAGAUCUUCAUGUUCUGGAAUGGAAUAGUCCAGCGAGGAAUUUCUACAAAAAAAUGGGCGGAAUUGAUCUCACUGUGGCUGAAAAAUGGAAUUUAGUACGUUUUGACAAAAAUGUAAUGGAAAAUAUAUUGAAAGAAUAAUUUCAUUUAAUGUAAAAUGAGAUGUAGGAAAUUCUAGCUUCAAUAAAUGAAUUUAUUUUUUUUUAUAAA